CUCCUCAUGCCACGUGACAUUUACGACCCAGCUGUCCCUGACUCCCCUGCUCACUCUGCCUCAUCGCACCAGCAGCAGCAGCAGCAGCAGCAGCAGCAGCAGCAGCAGCAGCAGGUGCAGCAGCAGGAGCGGAUGGAGCAGCAGCGGCAGCAGCAGCAGCAGCAGCAGCAGCAGCAGGAGAUGCAGCAGCAGCAGCGGAUGGAGCAGCAGCAGCAGCAGCAACCGCAGGCAAUGCAGCAACAGCAGCUGCAGCAGGAGGUGCAGCAGCAGCAGCAGCGGCAGCAACCACAGCAGCAACCUCAUCGGCAUCGCUGCACCACCUCUCCAAAGGAGCGCGGAUGAGACCUUGGCAAAUGUGAGGUCUG